AUGACGGCGCUGUUCAAAAGUGCUAAAGCAACAAAACGAUCUAAAGGCGGGGGUGGUGGUGGUGCAGCGCUGAUGCAACAAAUGGGUUUUCAAAUUCCCAAUUUUGAUGAACCUAAUAUAGGUGCUGAUGAUGACGACGAUGACGAAGGUCUCGAAGAUGAAUUAAGUCGAAUUCAGGAAGAAAUUAGCGGUCAUACAUCGAAACGAUCGAAAAGCAAUCAGAAAAAACCAGGUGGUUCAGCGCAAAAUCUUCAAUCGUUUCAUAAUGAUGUAAAUAAACUUCUCAAUGACAUUGAUCGUCCGAUAAAUGACGCUGAACUGUCUGAAGGCGAUGAAGAAGAUCUGCUGAAUGAAUUAAAUGAGAUUACCGACGAAAUUGGAGCAGAAAACCAAAUGGACACACAGCCGCCGCCACCACCGCCAGCAGUGGCGUCCUCAGGUACGCCUAGUACCGGUAUCUUAUCAACACUUGAAGUGCGUCGACAAAUGUAUGCUAAAGCUGUAGACACAGCAAAAGCACAUGGAGAUGCAUCCAAAAGUCGUCGACUUGAUCGGCAACUUAAGCUCAUUCAAGAAUUGAUCCAAUCAGCUCGUACUGGUGCACCUAUCAAUGAAAGUGAAAUUCCUCCUGAAUUGUUUGUUUCUGGAUCUUCUUCAUCAGCUGUUACACAAGAGGCAUCUGUACGUGUUCCUUCUCCAGCUCCUGUGACGUCCUCGUCUAUAUGCGAAAAGCCGAUUGUUCCUCAAGCGACGUCAACAUCAGUGUCAAACGGUUCAGAUGAAGCGAUCGCGCGUCUGAAAGCAUUAGCUUUACAAGCUAAAUCGGAAGGUGAUAUGACAAAAGCUAAAGAAUAUUUGAUUCAAAUGAAAAAUUUGCAGAAUGGGAUCUCAGUUAAUCAUGCUUCUGAGUCUUCUGCUUCUACUAAAAAAGACAUGUCUGAUAAAAUGCCUAACGAAACAAGCUCAGCAGCACCAUCUGUGCCAUUGGAAGCACCUGAACCAAAAACUGUUCUCGAAGCUUUACAGCAACGUCACGAAGAAUUAACUAAACGACAUCAAGAUGCAGUCAGCAAGGGCGAUAAUUCUAAAGCGAGACGUAUGGAUCGUCUUUCAAAACAAUAUCAAGAAGCUAUUGAAGCAACGAAAAAAGGUCGCCCAUACGAUUAUAGUGAACUAGCCGAUCUGCCUGGCUUCGCACCUAUACCUUUCCCACAAUCAAAACCUCAACAAACAGCAUCUGGCACUGCUGCUACUACCACAGUCUCCAUACCAGCACGACCAUCACAACCUCAGCAGCAACGAUCCAGUCAAUUAGCUAGCACUAUGUCACAACCAGUGGAGCAAGGUUCCACUACUAGCUUACCAAGAGAUCAAUCAGUACAAUCAAUUCGACUUCAGCAGGAACAACUUCAAAAACUUGCUUUGCAAGCGAAACAAAAAGGCGAUAUCGCCGCUGCGAAAAAGUAUCUUAUUGCAUCAAAAGAGCUUGAACAAAAGAGCAACUCUUCCGAAACACUCAUGCCUAUGGAGACAAAUCAAGCAUCUAUAUCAUCAAGUCACGGCUUUGAAGUCAUCUGUGACCAAGAAUUAACAGAAGAACUUGCUCAAGCUGAUCGCGAUACAGUAUAUCGUCGUUUGCAAGACGACCUUCUAAGACAAAUGCAACUAUGUGCGCGUAAUCAACAAAUGUAUGCUCAGAUGGAAGGUUUAACCAAUGUGCAACAUGCAAAUGAAUUUAAACUUCUCGAGCAACGUUGCACUCAUGAUUUAGAACGCUUGCGACAAUGUUUUCAACAUGGCUUGAAAGCCCCGAUUUUUCAUUACGAAAAAAGACAAAUGCACAUUGUUCAAGUCAACAACGAUUUAACUGACAGCGAUUUCGAAGUCAAUGUCUUACGUGGUAUUAAUCUUCAUGUACCAUCUGGAUAUUCUGCGACAGCCCUCGAGACUUAUGUUAUAAUUGAGUUUCCAUAUCCACCUGAAACUUCUCAAACAGCUCGAACACGACAUGCAGCUGGUUCCGCCAAUGUCGAAUAUCCUGAUGCGUUACAUAAAUUUCAAAUCAAACGAAAUGAUACUAAAUUUAAACGUUUGAUGGGUCGAAAAGAAUUGAAAUUAUCAAUAUACUAUAAAGUCGGCUUUCUUCGAUCAGAUCGUUUGUUAGGCGUUGCAUAUGUUAAAACGGCUCCGCUAGAACAAUCAGCAACAAUUCAUGAAUCAGUUGAUGUCUUCGAAAAUGACCAUAAGAAGAAAGCGGAAGGAAAACUAGAAGUCAAGAUACGAAUUAAAGAAGCACUUGGGUCAACGAAAUCUUCGCAAAUAUCAUCACAACAAUGGCUUGUUAUCGAUCGUUUUGAAGACAUCCCUCAUGAUAGUAAACCAUCAACAUCAAAUCAACAUCUCGCGUCAAAUCCAACAGCGACUAUCGAGAAAGGAGCAUCGUCAAUUUGCACAUGUUUAUCACCAUCAACAGCACCGACCAUUUCCACUAUUGCACGACUCAUUCCAACGAGCGAAGCCAUAGGUUUAUUGGCAGUAAAUUUGGCCGGAAAUAACGAUAAUGAUUUAGUAGACGGCAGACAAACUAAUACGGCAGAGACCAAGGAUGAAAAUCGAAGAGAUAGUCAAUUGCAAGCAGUUCCACAAAGCAUCCAAGUACUGAAAUAUGAAACAGAUCUUCUUCAAGAUCAGAUUGAGCAGCUGGAGGAAUAUUUGUCGCCAGAUCAAAUCGAUCAGCUACGUGUGAAACAUCAAGCAUUAAAAGAUGAGAGCGAUAAUAUAGUUCGAUCAUUGCGUCAAGGAGGCAAACAAGCCUUACAAGAUCAUAUUCAAAAUCUUCGAUCAUUACUUGAACAUUAUGACAAAGAAGCCAAUGAUUACCGGCAAAGAAAUGAAAAUAAAAAAGCAGACAUUGCCCUUCACAAAAAGGAGCUUGUUGCCGGAGAAAUCGAAACACUGACAAAUUGA